AUGAGCAAUCCGGUCAACCUGGUCGGCGACGCGACGAGUGCCGCUCGGCCUCCACCUCAGACUCUGGCCGAGACUAAGGAGAAUGUCGCUGCGGUCCUUGUCGACAAUGGUGCUUCCAGCGCCGAGAUCUCCGAAUCCGAAAUGCAGCUUGUUUCUUCUUUGGCGAAACUCCAGAAAUUGGAAGCCAUGGUACACCAACUCCGGACUCUCCUUCCGGACCGUCUCCUGGAGCCCAUGCGGCCAGCUUUGAACCCCAAGGCCGCCCCUGGGUCGGUGGCGGGAUCACCGGAGAUCAUGCUCCAGCAGGCUUCUCACAUCUUCCGGGGCGGCGUUGCUGAAGUCCAGGAGUUCCAGAGUAUGUGGCGCGGCCCGGAAAUGAAAGCCGUCUGGGAGCGUGUCGAUGCGCAAAUCAAGGAGAACGGCGGCAAUCUGCUGCAGCCUACUGGGGUUUGGGAGCAGGAUUACGACACGAUUCUUGAAGAGCUAGUCAAGGAGCAGGAGAAGAAGAACGAGAAACAGCGCAAAGCCGACGAGGAGCAGGAACGCUCGAACAUCCGAUCCACUGAGGGUGGGUGGAGAGCGAUCGUGGAUGGUUUCGCCCAGAGGAAUGUGCCCGGCAUGCGUUUGAUUCCGAGUAAGCGUGAGGCUUCCGUUACUGUUGCUCUUGCCAAGGCUGGGAUGGUCUUUAAUGUCCACACUGUGGGUGGAACGGAAGGGAAUGGUGUGCCUGAAUGGCAAGUCUCAAGUAAGACAGCUCCAGGGCAAUCCCAGACGAAGGUUGAGAGGUCGAUCACCGACUGCUUGAAUGCGCGACCUCAGCAAUGGAAUCUUGCUCAUCUACUUGACAUGAUAUCUUCCUACUCCAGCAUCAAGCAAACCCCAUGCAUGAAAUGCGGCAAAAUGACCGACGCAGCAACCCAACUACCGACAAUCCGCCAGCACAAACUCACACCCUCACCAACGGACGGACAGCCGCCAUCUUCAACGUGGGAAGCCUAUCAUGCCAGCUGCAUUUGA